AUGUCAUCAGCUUGGAUCGUGAACACCGCACAUGCCGAUGAAGUCGUGCGAGGGGGUUAUGGAAAGAUAUUUGAAGGCCACACCGUCUUCUUGACCGGGAGCACUGGGUGUUUAGGAGGUUGUCUCUUGUACAAGUUGGCUUUGCAGCUGCCGACUCGCAAGAUCUUCGUCUUGGUCCGAGGAAGCUCCCAGCAGGCAAUCGAAAAAUGGAAAAAGUCUAUGCCCAACCACGCACAGGCCAUUUUAGCUACCAAGAAAGUCGAGUUUGUGAUUGGCGACGUCAAACUAGUCGACUUCGGGAUUCAACCUACCCUUCUCCAGAAACUUCAAGACCAAGUCACGCUGGUCAUUCAUACGGCGGCCAAAAUCACACUUGAAGGUCCCAUUCAAGAUGCACUCGAGAGCAACUGUCUCCCUGCGCUGGAAAUGGCACGGAUUGCCUCGUUGUUCCGGCGAUUGAAACUCCUUGUGCAGCUUUCUACUUCAUACGCCAACAGCCAUCUCCCUGAUGGCCCGGUUCUAGAGCGGAUAUAUCCAUUGGGGAAUGAUGAUCCCGAAGAAGAACUGGCAUCAAUGUUGGCACUGGGCAAGUCCAUAUACGCAGCUCAGUUCUCGUCCAGUUACACCCUAGCCAAGCACCUGAUGGAACGUCUGCUACUCAAACGCUUCCCACUUCUCCCAAUCCUGUUGGUGCGGCCAACAAUCUUCGGUCCUGCAUUGAAACAUCCAUACAUGUUAUACGGACCAGAAGAUUCCACACCUCUCACCAAGUUUGCCAGAUUCUGGUACGCCGACCGCGGGGCCACCCAGAUCUGGCAUGCCACCGAAGGCUACAAAUCCGGUGCGAACAUCCUAGACGAGAUACCCGUGGAUCUGGUAGCAAAUGCAUGUCUGCUACAUGCAGCAGCACGCACCACAGGGAUUGUCCAGAUCGGAUCCCAACUGUACCACCCGGUCACCUUUGACGAGUUCUUCGACCUGGCUCAGGAAAAUGCCACGCCGCUUGCCCAGCGGGAUAUGCCAAAGCUCGUUUUCACGGAGGACCGCAGUGCACCGCAGUGCUUCCUUGCGGAACUGAUCCAGGUUGGAACGCGUAAUUGGCUGUUCGAUUGCGGCCGGUCCUACUGGCUGAAGCAGGUCAGCGGGCCGUUAAGUAUACGGGUGUGCAAACAUGAGGCCGAUGGUUUGAACAAGAUGCGGGUUCUCGAUGUUUCUGGGAUUUCGAAAGAGAAGGCUCGAAUUUGA